GACUCUGAAAUCCACGCUUCUCUUCUCCGCACGUCAUUACGACGUGAUUUGAUCCGUUCCUUCUCGCCGUCUACCCUUUCAUCCUCCGUCGGCACGGCACUCCCUCCACCAGCGGAGACCCCUCACGAUUCCCGCUCUAUCCGUCUCAUCGUCUACCCCUUCCCCUUCCCCUCCAAUUCGAUUCGGUCUCCAUAGAUCUCCAUCGGCUCCGAUCGGUUCGCCCUCUCUCCCCUGAUCGACUUGGAUCUUGAUCCAGGGAUCCUCGCCCCUCGAUCCGGCUUUCCGUGGGCGUUCUGGUUCGAUUCGGUGGAUCUGCGUUCGGUUGGUGCUGGCGCGUCGUCUGUGGGCUGGUUUCUGACCACUAUAAUUUCCUUGACCGAUCGAUCGCGGCUGCUACGUCUGUGUAAAGUUUCCAUCUUUGAAGGAUUUGGUCACUGGUGGUGGGUAAUUUGGGUUAAGGAUGGUGGAUUGCCGGAGCUUGAUCGAGUUCUGCAGGGCCUUCGAGCAGCACCGGCACCUGGCUAACUCCCAGGCCUCUUCCGACCACCGGAUCGGCCAGUCGAGGAGAAAGAGCAAGUCAUUGAACCCCCUUUCCCACCCCUUCUGCGAGCACUCCCCUUUCGCCGCCAUCGACAUCGUGAUGCUAUUCCUGGUCCUCGGAGCGCUCACCGUUCUCACAGUCCCCUACUUCCAGUUCAUCUUCCGGGAAGCGUACGAGCUCCUGCCGGCCGCGAUCGACGUCAUCGGUGACGUCCUCUACCAGGCCCCCGUCGCUUACGCCGCUGGCUUGAUCUUCGUGUUCGUCACCGCGAUCGCUGCCUGGGAAUUCUUCAAUUACCAGGCGAGGAAGUGCGGCAAUCCCUACUGCAAAGGUCUGCGUAAAGCCGUCGAAUUCGACAUCCAGCUCGAAUCAGAGGAGUGCGUCAAGUGCUUGCCGCCACUGCCGAAAGAUGCUUUUGGGACGCGCCCCUUGGACUUGGGGCAGGAUCACAAGGAACUCGAGGCUGAGCUGAAGAAGAUGGCACCGCUGAAUGGACGCACAGUUCUAAUCUUUCGCUCUCCUUGCGGAUGCCCGCUAGGGAGAAUGGAAGUUUGGGGGCCAAAGAAAGUGCGUAGGAUCAAGAAGUAGGCAGGAAUACAUGAUACAUCCUCUAGUACUAGAUAAUUUUCUUUACUUCUAUAGCAAUAACCAGAAACAAUCUACUAUGAUAUAGCCCUAAUCACUGUUCCUUCUAUCAAAUAAGAUCGUGGUAUGUGUAUUCUUGCACAUGUUCUGGGGACUAUUCUGCCCCCUUUUGCCACUCAUCAGUCGGUAAAACAUUAAUUUUACUAGCUAAUCUCUUAUAUGUUAUUGUUAUACUCAUUUCUCUUUUCA